AUGAACGUGACGGACGCCGGCUGCAGCCCCCCCUCAGCGGAGUAUCAGUUCUACCUCUUCCCAGUGGUCUACAUCCUGGCGUUAGUCGUGGGUCUACCUGGAAAUCUGGCUGCUCUCUUCGUCUUCACCUUCAAGAUCACCCCUCGCACAGCCUUCAGUGUGUUCAUCAGCAACCUGGCCCUGGCGGACAUCAUCAUCCUCUGCACCCUGCCCUUCAGGAUCCACUACCACCUCAAAGGAAACAACUGGGUGUUUGGGGACGUCGCCUGCCGCAUCACUGGGGUCCUGUUCUACUCCAACAUCUACAUGAGCAUCUGUUUCAUGACUUGUAUCUGUGUGGACCGCUACAGGGCCACGGUGCAUCCUCACGCCUACCAGAGGCAGCGGAGGCCCUGGCACUCUCUGGCCGUGUGCGUGGCGCUCUGGUGCGUCGCUGGAGUGGCGAUGCUGGUCUUUGUCCUCCGGGGGCCUAUGGAAGCCAAAAUCAACCGAUCUGAAAGACACAGCUGUUUUGAGAACUUCUCCAAGCAUGAGUGGGACACACGUGUGGGGGUGUACAGCCUGCUGAGCCUGAUCUUCUGCUCCCUGCUGCCCUCCGUAAUCAUCCUGGUGUGUUACCCGCUGGUUGUAAGGCGCAUCUCCAUGAUCAGGACUAACAAAGCCCAAAGAGCCUUGAGGGUCAUUUACACCAUCCUGGCCAUCACGCUGCUCUGCUUCCUGCCCAACCACCUGGUGUAUCUGCUACACCUCCUGCGACGCAUGGGUGUCAUCAAGAGCUGCACCGCCGCCAACCGCAUCCACGACGCCAGACGGGUCACCAUGGCCCUCGUCACCCUCAACACGUGCCUGGACCCCGUGCUGUACUAUGUCACCACCAGCCACUUCAAAUGGAGGCGCUUGAAGAUGACAUGGCUGUGUAGACGAGUGCCGAGGCGCAGUGGUGUUUAUACGAUUGCAGUGGACUGAGAGGACUGAACCUGUAGAUAUAUAAUGUAAAUAUAACUCUGCUUCCUUGCCUAUAAAUGGAACGGGAGACUUUUAUA